AUGUGCCCCGCGAACUGGGCGAAGUUCAUCCUUCAGGCGCCCUGCAAGCGGGAGAGACAUGCCCGCGUGAGUGCCACAACACGUUUAAGCGCCGCCACCACGGCCCUGCGGCCCCUAGCCGGCCGCUCACUCAACCCCCGCCGUGCUCGCCUCACCCCAGUGCGGCGGACAUUUGUGGCGCUCUAUUUUUACCGGCCCGCGCCCGCUCCCACACCAUCGCCCAGGACGGCGCUGGGGCGCCGUGGGAUGGACGCGGGGCGGCACGCGACGGCGCGGAAUGGUAUGGCGGCGUGCGCGGACAUGGUGCGCGAGGGGCUAGGGCGCCUGCGCUGUAGAGGCCUAGCGGUGCAGUGUGAGGGGCAAACGGCGCGGAGUGGGCACGGGGGCGGCGCGAUGGGAACACGCGCUUCCCACACGGCACUCCGCGCCCGCAGAUUUGUUCCCGUCUAUUGUUAUCGAUUGCUUGUCUUC